AGGCUUUUGUCUCUGCAAUACCUGUUCCCCAUCGCAAUAUUCAUACUCCAUUAACCAUGGACUUGGCAGUUUUCGUAUUGGCCCCCGUAGUGCAGGGGUUCAAAAAUCUCAUCGAGGAGGAUGGUGCGGUCUACACUGCAUUCGACGAGAUGUUCCGGCAAGCGGCAGCGGCGGAGGCGGCAGUGGCAGCAGAAGCAGCAGCAGAAGUAGCAGCAACAGCGGCCGUAGCAGUGGAAGCGGCACGAGCAGCGGAUGUGGCAGGAGCAGAGGCUGCGGCAUUAGCAGCGAAGACGGCGGCAUUAGCGGUAAGAUCAGCGGCCGCGGCAGGAACAGCGCAAGCGGCAAGGCAAGCGGAAGAAACAGCGAACGCCCAAGUGCAAGCGGCAACGGCAGGGGUGGUGGCAGCGCAAGCGCUAGGGGCAGCGGCAGCAGCAGCGGCAGUGGAAGCGGCAGCAGCAACGGCAGCGGUAGCGGCGGCGGCAAAAGCAGCGGCAGCAGUAACAAAAGCGGAAGCCCAGGUCGAAGACUAUGUGGAAUUGAUGCUGGUGAUCAAUACCCUUCUUUUGACACCGCCUAGAUAUGGUCUAGGCCCAAGUGUCAUGGCGUCUAGUGUUCCGUUCUAUGCUGUCAUCUCCCGUUUCUGCAACACCCAUGCUGGCUACGAGGCGUUCACCAAUCCCAGAGUCAACGCAAAUUUAUGCGGGGUGUUCACCCAGUGGCAGGAUUUCCUCGUGGCGCAGGAAUCCAGGGUCGUCCUUGGUGAUGGGCCGGGCGGCUGGUUCAGUGACAUCGCACUUCGUGCUAUGGUCGAGAGCGCUGGUGGAAACCCCGACCUGCAGACGUUUCAGGACUUCUAUGUUUGCGUCCCCAAUGCUGACCACUACGGUUUCGCCUCCUAUGACGCCUUCUUCACCAGGCAAUUACGCCCCAAUCAAGCUAUUCCUCCCGACAACAAUCCAUUUAUCAUUAGAUCUGCAUGCUCGUCUACCGUCCACAGGCUUUACACCAACCUCAGGAAGACGGAGAGAUUCUGCAUCAAAAAUACCCCCUACUCCCUCCGCCACAUCCUCGCAGGGGAUGAGGAUGUUGACACCUUCGUCGGCGGGACUCUGCUACAGGCUAUGCUUGGAUGUACCGACUACCACCGUUGGCACAGUCCCGUGAACGGUAUUGUCGUAAGGACACGCCUCAUUUCUGGCACGAUGAAUCCAUCACCAGUCCCCCAUCCAACCUACUUCGCUGGUCUCUUGGACGGCGAACGUAAGGAUCUAGACGUCAUUACCCGCUCGCAGGACUUUGUCACGGCCAUAUCUACUCGUGCUUUGAUCUUCAUCCAAGCUGAUGAUCCCGUUGGCUUGAUGUGCUUCGUGGCUGUUGGCUUAUGCGAGGUGUCGACUUGCGAAAUUACCGUCAAUGAGAAUCAAGUGAUCCAGAAGGGAGAUCCGCUGGGUACGUUCCGCUUUGGAGGAUCUACCCACUGCCUCAUCUUCCGACGCGGCCUGAACGUGACGCCGAUUGACCAAAAUUUGGUGGGAUCGAAAGUGCAAGUUGGUCAAGAUAUUUUCAACGUAGCAUAAGUAGCUUCGAUCGCAUGUUAGUGUAAUCUUACAAACAGUGUCUCGUGUGUACGAUAGCAAGGUUGAAUGGGUGUCUUAACGCAUUUGCAUACGAUGUAACGUUCCAGGCUUACGAUGGCAAUGCCAGGCCCCAGUAGUUUGCUUGAUUAAGCCUAAGGUGCCCCGGACAUUCACACUCGGACAGUAUGCCAG